GUCAAACCCAGGGGUCCAGGGCUCUUCCGGCUGCCCCCACGCAACAGGAAUUAGUGGGGCAGACCAGAGCUAGAGAGGCAUGGCACAAGGGGACACCGGAUCAAGGCGGAGAGCCAAGGGUCCAGGUCCGCAGAAGUGGGGAGGGGCCAAUGGAGGAUCUGGGCGCAGUUUCCUCCCCUAGCGCGCUGGCCCCGCCCCCGCCGUUCCCGCUCCGGCCCGCCCCCGGCCGCUUGCCCCAGGCCGGGCCUGGGCUCCCUUCGGGUUCCCCCAGCGCCCGGCCUGCGCCGGCGCGGCCUCCUCGCCGCCACAACCUGGGUCUGACAAGAUGUACCAGGUCCCACUGCCACUGGACCGGGAUGGGACCCUGGUCCGCCUCCGCUUCACCCUGGUGGCCCUGGUCACAGUCUGCUGUCCACUUGUCGCCUUCCUCUUCUGCAUCCUCUGGUCCCUGCUCUUCCACUUCAAGGAGACUACGGCCACACACUGUGGGGAUGUUCUCUGCGGCCUCCCAGCCCUUGGACCCAGAUGGGACUGUGUUCCGGCUCCGCUUCACGGCCAUGAUCUGGUGGGUCAUCACUUUCCCCAUGUUCGGCUUCUUCUUCUGCAUCAUCUGGUCCCUGGUGUUCCACUUUGAGUACACGGUGGCCACUGACUGUGGGGUGCCCAACUACCUGCCUUCGGUGAGCUCGGCCAUUGGUGGGGAGGUGCCCCAGCGCUACGUGUGGCGCUUCUGCAUCGGCCUGCACUCAGCGCCCCGCUUCUUGGUGGCCUUCGCCUACUGGAACCACUACCUCAGCUGCGCGUCCCCGUGUCCUGGCUACCGCCCGCUUUGCCGCCUCAACUUUGGCCUCAACGUCGUCGAGAACCUCGCACUGCUAGUGCUCACUUACGUCUCCUCUUCCGAGGACUUCACCAUCCACGAAAAUGCUUUUAUUGUGUUCAUCGCCUCUUCCCUCAGUCACAUGCUCCUCACCUGCAUUCUCUGGCGGCUGACCAAGAAGCACACAGUAAGUCAGGAGGACCGCAAGUCCUACAACUGGAAACAGCGGCUUUUCGUCAUCAACUUCAUUUCCUUCUUCACGGCGCUGGCUGUCUACUUUCGGCACAACAUGUAUUGUGAGGCUGGAGUAUACACCAUCUUCGCCAUCCUGGAGUACACCGUUGUCCUAACCAACAUGGCGUUCCACAUGACAGCCUGGUGGGACUUCGGAAACAAGGAGCUGCUCAUUACCUCCCAGCCUGAGGAAAAGCGAUUCUAAACCCUUUCUCUCCUACUAGAAAGGAGGAGGCGGUCCACUGCCCAGAAACUAGAAACAAGACACCACUCUGGCCUUCCC